GUGUUGAGCUGCUGUGGGCUACGCAUAGGCUACUUUGGUUCAAGACCUGUGGAUGAUAGAAGGGCCGGACCUUAUGUCUGGAUUUGGGAGCCUGUCAGAGAUGCUUUUGGAAAUCACGGAACAGCGACGGGCUGAACUUUGAGAGACUUGAAGAAGCAGCACAUCAACAGGAAAAGUGCGGAGAGGAGAGUGACGGGGAGUCGAGGGGAGGGGGUCUGCUUUCCAAAGUUCAUUAACAUCGCCAACAAAGUGUAGCUCCGCUACAUCUUUUCUUUAAAGGGUUCCUCUCCAGCCAGCAAAAUUCCACCCAAAAGCAGACAACAGGAUCGUCCUGCGCUGACGCGGCUGGUCGGCAGGAAGCGGCUGGUGGCGGCGGGGGUCCUGGGAGUCAUUAUGGUUCUGGUUUUGGUCAUCCUCAUCCCGGUUCUGGUCAACUCAGCGGGGACGGCGGCGCACUACGAGAUGCUUGGCACCUGUAGGAUGGUGUGCGACCCGUACGGCACCAAAUCUCCGACCAGCACCGCCACGGCGGACACGGUCCGAGACAACAGCCUCGUGCAGUCUUUACCAACUUUUAUCCAAGGUCCGAAAGGGGAACCAGGACGCCCAGGUAAGGCAGGUCCGAGGGGACCUCCCGGUGAGCCGGGACCGCACGGUCCGGCGGGGCCACCUGGAGAGAAAGGUGAACCGGGCAGACCCGGUUUACCAGGACCUCCGGGACCCAGCGCAGCUGCCGGUGCAAUAAGCGCGGCCACCUACAGCACCGUGCCCAAGAUCGCCUUUUACGCAGGGCUGAAAAAGCAACACGAGGGCUACGAGGUGCUCAAGUUCGACGACGUGGUGACCAACCUGGGAAACCACUACGACCCGACCAGCGGGAAGUUCACCUGCUCCAUCCCCGGGAUUUAUUUCUUCACCUACCACGUCCUGAUGCGCGGAGGGGAUGGCACCAGCAUGUGGGCUGAUCUGUGCAAAAACAACCAGGUGCGUGCCAGUGCCAUAGCCCAGGAUGCGGACCAGAACUAUGAUUAUGCCAGUAACAGCGCUGUGCUGCAUUUGGAGCCAGGAGACGAGGUCUACAUUAAACUAGAUGGAGGCAAGGCUCAUGGAGGCAACAACAAUAAGUACAGCACCUUCUCUGGAUUCAUCAUCUACACCGACUAGGCAACAACACAUUUGUCUGUGACAGGCCUCGUGGCCCAGUCCUUCGACAGAUGUUCCUUCUGCGAAUACAAUGAUCAGACUUAAUCUUUUAAAAGUGUGAAAAAACAAAUAUAAAUUAGCCUUCAUAACCUGCAAAUUAUUUUAUUUUAUAUAUUUUAACAUGAAUGAAAUGGUUGAAUUGUUGAAUUUUGGGAUCAAACCACAUUCACUCUUUAUACAUGACGUCACUUGAACUUACAGCUGAUGUGCUUAGGUUAAUGUAGUCCCAGUAGUGGCGAAGGGCAGAGGGAUUGUGUGCGUGCGUUGAUGGGUGUGGGCAGAAUGGACACUCUUAAAUCUGAUUUGGCCACAAGCUGCCCGUCAACAAAUCUCAGUCAAGUCUUUCAACAAACACAUUUAAAUCAUGAAAGGAAAAUCUAAGAGAAAGUGGAAAAGAGGAAAUCAAAUAGAAAUGCAGCAGCUAGGAGGCAGUUCUAAAAACUGUCUGUUAAUGUAAGUUUAAUGACUUCGUGCAAUACCUAGUAACAUAAUCUGUAUUCAUGGUGGCCCUUUAUAAGAAAGCUGUCAGUCAGUGGGUGUCCUAUUUUCUGUUGUGAAAUCAUGCUGUGAAGAUAACAAGAAAAGGCUGGGAACACUUGAAGAGCAUUAUGAUAUACUGACAACAGAUUAUAAUUCCUGAGAACAUAAUUACCUUUUUCAUAGAAUAGAAUAAUUAAUAAAAUAAUUAUUUGUAAUUAUAUGUAAUCAAUUAACACUUACUUUUGUAGUAUAAGUAUAAGUUGUACAGAGCCUGUACAAUUUUAUGCAAAGUGUUUAUUUUCUCAUUAUCUACUAAGGUCCUCAUCAUUGUGUUAUUCAAAUGCUUUCAUAAGUGUUUCUGCAAGGACUUUACACAUUUGAGUCUUUACUGAACUGAAAAGGAAAUGAGGGUGACCGUGUUGAACUUCACACAACUGCUGCUGCAAGAACUGGGUUGAAAUUGAGGCUCUAUACCAAAACCCACACUUACAGUCUUGAGCACUUAAAGGUUCCUCUAUGCAAGGGUCCUGGUUUUGUUUACGUUGUGAAUGCGUACAAGGGGUACACAUGCCACAUGCCAAUGACUAUUCCACUGAUCUACAGGUUGCGGUGACAUUCCAAGAUAUGCUGCAAUGCGCCAGAAAAGGCAGGGAAGAAGAAUAAUGCAUGCUUGUGAGUACGGAGGUAAACAAUAUCCAUUCAUCCAUUUUUUGCUGCUUAUCUGGGGCCAGGUCAUGGUGGCAGCAGGCAGAGCAAGGUAGUUCCAGCCCAUCCUGGGGGAUCCUUUGGUGAUCCCAAGUCAGAUGAGAUACCUACUUAUCUGGCUCAUACUCCUAAAUACAUUUUCUUUUUUUUUUUCACUACUCAAUGCUCAUGAUCACAGGUGAGGGUUGGAACAUAGACUGACUAGUAAAUUUAAAGCUUUGCUUCCACCCAGCUCCUUUUUCACCACCAAAUGGUCCAGUACAACACCCAGCAUUACUGGUCAUCCAUCCAUCUCAUGCACAAGCGUGACGCAGUGACAGACGUCAAAGUGGCUGGCUGGCUAUGCAGUUAUUUUCUUUCACAUUAACUGUUUAUUCAUUAUUGAUUGAUAGUACCUAAUGUAAAAUAUCAGAUAGAAGCAUAAUAUGCAUAUAGAAUCCCUCUGCAGUAUGCUUUCCAGGACCCCAUCUAGGGACUCCAAGAAGGCCAGAUACUCCGAACUGCUGUCCAGUGCAUAUGCACAAACAACAGUCAGAGCCUUCCUCUCAGCAACUCACAGUUGCAUAGAGGCAAACCCUGUUGUUCUCCAAGGAGUACUCCAUGACUGCCGCGCUCGGCCAGGGGCUCAUAAGUAUAUCCACAGGCACCAGUCAUCUCUCACCCUGGGUAACUCCAGAAAAGGAGAGUCUAGCCUCUUGGUUCACCAACUUCAUGUAAUUCACUAGCUGGUAAGUUUCCCUCCCAGGUCUACCUGUUCCAAGCCCUGUUUACCUAUUUCGGGCAAGGUACUGCAUAUGGGUCGAUUCAUAUGGGGUCUUUGAAUUGCUCUUAGUCAAGACCCCUCCAUCAUGGUAAGGUGGCGAUUCUUGGAGGGGUGGGUGGAUUUGAAAUACUUUACUUGACAUGUUGUUAUACCUACACACAAUGCUUUUUGGCAAGUAACAUUUAAUGUAAACACAUUAUUUAAAAGAAAACUUCACAGGGCCUCUUUAAAUAAGUGGUGACACAACCGCACAUAGUACAUAAGUGUUCCCAAGUUUGAAGAAUGCAAACGCAGUACACUUAACUACACUUGAUAAACACUCCUCCCAAUACAAUUUCAAGCAGUAUUCAGAGCUAAGUGUAUUCCACCCAUACUCCAGGGGCCUGUACCAUGAAGUGAGUUCAACAUACCCAGGACAGUGCAAAUGACUAAAUGAACAGCCGUAGUCUAUAAUAAUGUGUUGAUUUAAUGUGUUCUUAUGGUAUGUAUGAAAAUAUUAGCCUUAUGCUUUCAGCUCAGCUGUGUUUCACAAUUACAUUGAAAGACGUUCCAACUCACUUUUAAGAACGUCAUUUCAAAAAUUUAAUUAAUUCAUUGAACACACUCAAAAAUGUUCCAAACAUUGUUCUAAAUUAACUUCAUAAAGCAAUUAAACGAAAUAUCCAUUCAUGCCAUAAAAUGUGCUCAAAUAGUGGUUGAAAAACUGAAACUCACCUCAAUACCAGCGCCCACAUCGUUAAAGGUGGAGCGGAACGUGACCAGUCUCUGUGAUAGACUAUAAGAUAGCUACUAACCUAAAAUAAAUUGCCUAUGUUCAAUAAGAAAAAUUAAACCCGUUUAUUUUGACAACUGCGACAAACUGUGUAAAACGGACUGGGGAGCAAAUAAAAAAUACACACAUUCAAACACAUUUCAAAGCAGUAAGGCAAGGAUUAUACUUUCCGAGUAUAACAUCUAUACUUACGCGAGGGUCCACUCGAGUCUGCGUGACGAAAAAAUCGUCGUCAGAGGGGGUACGCGUAGGGUACGCCUAGGGUCCGCGUGGUGACUAGCACUACCAGGGCAACACCUGAUCUACUGCGCAUGUGUGGAACGUGUCCGCCAAGCUGACUGCAGAAGGUAGUAUAAACAGAAGAAGUCCGCGUCCGUGGGUUCUGCAUCUGUCCGUGUUCGCGUCUACUCCCAAGUAUAUUCAAGGCUUAAGCAAGCUUACCGUAAAAACAUGUACAACAGUAGCUUACAAGGCUUUUCAAUCAGUCUCUGUAGGAUAAUAUCGCUACAGCCUACAAACAUUUCUCCACAUCACCUCAUAAAACGUAAAAGCAGCCUAUAAAACAGUCUGUGGGAUUUCCUACAGAUGGUGAUGUCAUUUUCAAAGAGAGCUGAUUGGUCAGUAGGCAGCGUUUCUAAAGGGUUGAUCUCUGGAACAUAACCUGCUCCGGAGCAGGUUAGCCAUUCAGCAUAAGUUACCCUGGUGAUCUAACCACUGUCGUGGUACUGAAAACCCAGGUUUAACCCCAAAGUUACCUUGAUAAGCUCAAAUCCUGCUUCGUGGUACAGGCCCCAGGUGGUAUUGUUGUCUGUACAGUGUAAACAGGAACUGCUAGAAAUCAAAACACCAGAUCUUUUCAUGAUGUAGAUUUUUGUUUGUCAUGUUUUUCAAAGACACAUCAAACUAACCUUACUGUUAAUAGCUUGUUCCUUUUUUUUUUUACUUAGACACUGGCAUCCGCUCAUUAUAUACACAACCUACAUUUGUUUACCAAUAUCAUGCAAUUUGGCUCAAUGCAUUUCUGACUCUGCGUGACUGGAUUUUUCCUCUGAGCUCCUAUUAUAAGCUGUUGACUUCCACCCAGACAAUUAACAGUUACACAACUUUGAUUUAAACUCAGUUCAUUGUACAAAUGAUGGUUUAUUAUUUGAUUAAUACAUGUGCAUAGGUAAAAUACUAUGCUGUGUUUUGUUGGCAGCUACAUUUAUAGAUAUAUGUAUGAGUAUAAAUGGCAGUAGAAAACAAGUCAAUGCAGGAAAUGAAGCCGUGUUGACAACUUCUCGGAUUGGCCCACUCCUGGGAUAAAUCGAAUACAGAUAUCUUUAUGACAUGAACAGAGACAGAUAAUAGCUUUGCGUUACACCCCUAGUAGCUUACAAUGAGGACACAAAGCUCAUGUUCUUGAUGUUAUUAUGUUAUAUUUCUUUAGGCUCAAUAAAUAUUUUUAGAUACAAUAAAAUUAACAAACUACAUACAUUGUGAUCAAAACAGGAAUUUAGCAUUUUUCCUCCUGAAUAACAUUCCUGGCAGUUAAAGAUAAAGAUCAAAAUCUUUGGAUUAGGACGUGUGGGUUUCACUGGAGGGCUUUUGACUCAUACGCUUGGUAUUUCUAAAAUCCUGGCUCUGGCCCUGACUAGACCUACAGCAUGUUUGUAUUCUGUCAAUUUCUUGAACAACAACUGUUAGGGCUGUGCACACAAUCUGAAAACUGUAUUAAGUGAGAAAGAAACCCACAAGUGACACAACUUGUGAUCAAGACACAACGCCUAAAUAAGACAUCUUUAGAGUUGUUACAUUGGGCUCAUCCCUUUGUUCUUAGGGUUCUAUGUUCCCAAAAUGGGUGUCUCUUGUAUAUAAACUAAAGUCAGAGAUUAUGUUCGCAGCUCACAUGGGCAAACAAACCAAGGGAGAUGGGUGUUUCAAAUGCAGUAUGAAUGGUAAAAAGUCAAGAGAACUGACUUGCACGCAAACGUGAGAGCAUAGGUUUCAGAGGGUAUAACCUCAGUAAUAAGCUGUAGGUGGGUGAUUUCAACAUAUUGACCUACGGGAAAAGCAUUGCUGAGGACAUAACCCCUUUAAAGGUCUCCUUAAUGUGUCAUAUUAAGAGGAUAUUGAGCUGGGGAACAGAGGACCCGGGAACAUAGAGAUGCUCCUGUUACAAGGAUAUUUCUUAUUUUUUUUAAUGCAGCUAGACUGUUUCCAGUGUUUGAAAUUUUUGUGCUAAACACAUCGUGGAAUUGAUACAUUCACAUGCUAAUUUGUAUUUCCCCAUGUCACACUGUUCCUUUUUAACCACGUUACACAUUCAAUAUUUGCGAAGUAGUGCACACUGACUGAUGAUAGUACUGUUAGCUGCUUUAACUCAGUGCUUCCUGUGAUUCAAUGGUGAUGUAUUAACAGCAGAUUAUUUGUGCUGUUAAGGGCAUACAGCUCACAACCCUCUAAGGAUGAAUUCUUCUUACCAACCAACUCCGUUUGUUGGUCAUCGUCAGUAGUGGUUGGACCUUUGGGAAAGCAUCAUACCCACAGAGGUGCACAUGUCUCUUUUUGCCCAUGAAUUGUGUAAUGACUGGACACAUUUCAGUGAGUAAGAUGUUACAUGAAACCACCAUAUGUGAUCUUGGUACAGUAUGUAUCACAGUAAGUAUGUCUGGUGGAAUAAAAUAGAAAGUUGCUAAAAGUCUAUGUAGUGCAGUUCUACCAUACUCACAAAACAAAGUUGUUUUACUUUAUAAAAUUACAACUCUGACCCAAACACACCCAAUCAUUUCUCAGAUACAUUUUUAACAUUUGUGGCUGACAAGGUGCUUGAGAUGGUACCGUUGCAUGGCUGGGAGCCCAAUGAUGAUAUUACAAACUGGCACAUAUGUGGAAACUACAAGCUGAGUUUCCAAAUUUGGGAGUUUCUUCAUGGCAUCACAACAAAUAUAGCAAAUGAAUGAGUUGUUUACCAGUGUGAAGUACUGCAACGUGAACUGAAAGCACUAUGCAGAAGUAGAGAAUAACAUCAAAAUUAUAGUAUCAAUGUACGGUGUCAUGUACCUUAAUGAUAGAAACUGUGGAUCACUGUAACUGGAAUCGUAUGUAUAUACUGUAGUGAUAUAAACUGUUCCUAUUUUUUUCUGCCUAUCCCAUGUACAGAAUGCCAGAAGAGCACAGAGACAGUAAUUUUAAAUAAUCAAUUAAGCAACUCAUUAAUUCAGUAAUCACUGAUUGUCUUGAAGUUAUAGCCUUACCAGUGUAUUGGUGUGAAAAGAAUAUGUAUGGUAGAUACAGUGUCAGGUGUGUGCAAUACUAUAAAACUUUGCACUCUUUUGUCUGACAGCAGUCACCUGUGUACUGUUACCUCAACAAUGUCUUCAUUAAAUGAACAGAAGAAA